UAUUCCACCGAGGUGGAGGCCGCCGUCAACUGCCUGGUCAACAUGCAUCUGCGGACCUCCUACACCUACCUCUCCCUGGGCUUCUAUUUCGACCACAGUGAUGUGGCUCUGGAGGGCACGGGCCAUUUUUUCCGCGAAUUGGCUGAAGAGAAGCACGAGGGCGCCAAGUGUCUCUUGAAAAUGCAAAACCAAUGUGGCAGCCACGCCCUCUUCCAGGACGUGCAGAAGCCAUCUCCAGAUGAGUGGGGUGAAACCCAGGACGCUAUGGGAGUUGCCAUUAACAUGGAGAAGAACCUGAACCAGGCCCUUCUGGAUCUGGAUGUCCUGGGCUAUGCCCGUAAAGACCCCCACCUCUGCGACUUCCUGGAGAGCCACUUCCUAGAUGAGGAGGUGAAACUCAUCAAGAAGAUGGGUAACCACCUGACCAACCUCUGCAGGCUGGCUGGUCCCCAGGCUGGGCUGGGCAAGUACCUCUUUGAAAGGCUCACCCUCAGGCACAACUAGGAGCCUCCGGAGCCCAGUGGUCUUUGAGGAGCCCCUCUGGUGUCAGGGCUUCUGCCUGAAGCCCCUCUCUGCAGCCACUAGGCAGCUUUUUAACUACCCUGGAGCCCUCUCCCAAGCCUUGGACCAAAUGGAAAUAAUAAAGCUUUUUG